CGCCUAAAGCUUUGUUCGUUCUGAUCACCUACCGGAGCAUGACAUAGUCACCAGCCGACCACCGCAAGCUACCCUGGCACCUCGCCAAACCUCCCUUCUGCAGACUAGCUCGAGCGUCGACCUCCAACACAAUCAACUUCCUUCAGUCCGCAACUGGCCCAGGUAGAGCACUGCCCGUGCCAACGGAGCACCCGCAACGACUCGUCUGACCCGGCAAUAAAGCGGACCCGCCUGCGCAGCGCCAUUUGGGGAAUCCCGAGGUCUCCAAGAAACGCCAUCGCUGCCAAACACUCGCCGUGAGCAGUUCCAGAAGUUCGAACCUUUCCCUCUAUAGACGAGAGGAUCUCUCGAGCUGAUAGAAGAGACUCCGGCAUCAUGGCCGAACGAUCGCACGAGAACGCAAAAGACGCGACCCAGGCAUUCACUAAAGAACAACAAGACCCUUUGGCUCAUGACAAGAAUCCCGAGUCCAAGCCAGGAAUUACCUUUGCUGCUCAAGACAGUCUCCCUAAGCUCCCCAUUCCGGACCUCGAACAGACGUGUCGGAAAUAUGUGGCGUCACUGGAUCCUCUCCAAACAGCGCGGGAGCACCACCAAACAGAGCGAGCGAUCCAAGAAUUCCUCCGCACAGAUGGCCCACAGCUGCAAGACAAGCUGAAGGAGUACGCCAAGGACAAGAGCAACUACAUCGAGCAAUUCUGGUAUGACAGCUAUCUCAACUACGACAAUCCGGUGGUGCUCAACUUGAACCCGUUCUUCUUACUCGAAGAUGAUCCCACUCCUGCUCGCAACAACCAAGUCACUCGCGCUGCCUCAUUAGUGGUAUCUGCGCUAGCAUUCGUUCGCGCAGUCCGCAAAGAGGAAUUGCCACCGGACACUGUGCGAGGCCAGCCUUUGGACAUGUACCAGUACUCGCGCCUGUUCGGCACAGCACGUAUACCGACAGACCAUGGAUGCCAGAUUGGCCAGGAUCCGGCUGCGAAGCAUAUUGUCGUCAUGUGUCGAGGCCAAUUCUACUGGUUCGAUGUGCUUGACGAUAACAACGAUCUCAUCAUGUCGGAAAAGGACGUCAGCAUCAAUUUGCAAGUCAUUCAUGAUGAUGCAGAGCAACUACCGAUCAGCGAUGCCGCGAAGGGUGCCGUGGGUGUCUUGACUACCGAGAAUCGCAAGAUCUGGUCCAGCAUGCGAGAGCUAUUCAGCAAAGACGAGGGUUCGAACAAUGCCGACUGUCUCAACAUUGUCGACUCUGCACUGUUCAUUCUCUGUCUCGACUACACGGAGCCUACCACCAGCGCUGAACUUUGCAUGAACAUGCUCUGCGGUACGAGUGAGGUGGAACGAGGGGUUCAAGUCGGAACCUGCACAAAUCGUUGGUACGACAAGCUGCAGAUUAUUGUCUGCAAGAACGGUAGUGCUGGAAUCAACUUCGAGCACACUGGUGUCGAUGGCCACACCGUCCUCCGAUUCGCCUCAGACGUGUACACUGAUACGAUCCUGCGCUUCGCUCGUACCAUCAACGGCCAGGCACCUUCACUCUGGGCAUCGACCUCACCAGACCCAUCGAAGCGCGAUCCGGAAAGCUUCGGCGAUGUCAGCACAACACCUCACAAGCUCGAAUGGGAUAUGGUGCCUGAAUUGGCAAUCUCGUUACGCUUCGCCGAGACUCGAUUGGCAGAUUUGAUCCAGCAGAACGAGUUCCAAACACUGGAAUUUGAACAGUACGGCAAGAACUUCAUCACAUCCAUGGGCUUCUCCCCAGAUGCAUUCGUGCAGAUGGCGUUCCAGGCAGCAUACUACGGCAUGUACGGACGCGUAGAAAGCGUCUACGAACCAGCCAUGACCAAGGCCUUCUUCCACGGCCGAACAGAAGCCAUCCGCUCCGUAACCCAAGAAAGUGUGGACUUCCUCCGCACAUUCUGGGCCGAAAACCCACCUCAAAAGAAAGUCGAAGCACUCAAAAAAGCCACUGAAAAACACGCCGCCAUGACAAAAGACUGCGCCAAAGCCCAAGGUUUCGACCGCCAUUUAUACGCCCUCAUGUGCCUCUGGCAACGCUCCGUUGACGGCGAAAUGGACAUUCUCUCCGACGACGAAGGCGCCAGUACAAACGGCUGGAGCUCCCCAACCUCCGAACGUGACCCGAGCGAUAACAUUACCGCCUCUCCCACCAAACGCACCAGCAUGACAUCCAACGACGGCGGAGUAUCCGAAAGCGCCAAAUCCUCUCCCUCCCGCCCGCGAGAACAACCCACCAUGCCCGCCAUCUUCGCCGACCCAGGAUGGGAUAAAAUCAACAAUACAAUCCUCUCCACCUCCAACUGCGGAAAUCCUUCCCUUCGACACUUCGGCUUCGGGCCUACAUCUGGCGAAGGUUUCGGAAUUGGGUACAUCAUCAAAGAUAAUUCCAUUUCCGUCUGCGCGAGUAGUAAACAUCGACAAACGAAGCGGUAUAUUGCAGCGUUGGAGAGUUAUUUCUUGGAGAUUCGGAAGUUGUUGAGGCAGACGGUGAGAAGGGGGACUGUGGGGGAUAAGAAUGCUAGUCGGGCGAGGGAGGCGGAGAAUUUGAGGCCUGCGAAGAGGAGUGGGAGGGCGGUUGGGGGUAAGGAGGGUGACGGGAAGGGAAGUGGUGGUGUUGGGAGGGAGAAGACGCCGGAUGUGGAGAGUGAGGUUGUUAGUGAUGAUGAGUUGGGGGGAUACGGCUUCUUCGAUGCAGGAAUGUUAUUGCAAGCUCUCAAAGCGAAAGAUUCACAGGCUGGAGAGAGGCCGAGCGAGAAAGCGGCUGCGAGGAGGGAGGUGGGGAAGAAGUUGAGGUUGAUGGAGUAUUAAAGUGAGAACUGGAGAUUAGAUGUAAAUGU